GCCAGCUCGUACGUGGUCGCCUGUCGCCUUUCAAGCAGACAAGAUGAGGUUGCUGAGCAGUCUGGUCGUGCUCUGCAACGCCCUGUCGGCUGCACUGGCACGGUCAAGCUCUGGCGACAGAGUCCUCGUCGUGCUCGAUGCCGCGCAAGAUCAGGCGAGCUACUCCCACUUUUGGUCCUCACUGCAAGAGCGAGGCUUCGAGCUGACGUUCAGAGGAGCCAAGGAAGGAGCGGCACUGUACGAAUAUGAUGCGCCCAUGUUCGACCACAUCAUCCUCUUUGCUCCCUCUGCCAAGGCACUGUCUUCAGAUCUGUCACCGCAGCGACUGGUCGACUUCCUCACCUCUGACUCGACCGCCAAAGCCAGCGGGAUCCUCCUCGCCCUGUCCAGCGAUCUCUCUGAGCUCUGGCGGGAUUUCGCAAGAGAGUUCUCGCUCGAGUUUGACGAUAGAGGUUCAUCGCUCGUUUCCCACUCGUCCGGCAAUCUCUCUGCUGUCCAGAUCGACACGAGCUACAGCGUGACGACGAACGCUCACUUUGUUGCUCGCUUGCCGCCUGCUCUGCCUCUACAGUACAAUGGCGUCGUACACACGUUCACCCAAUUACCCCUCUUGACCAAUAUCGUCAGAGCACCACCGGAGAGCUACUCGAGAGAUCCACAGAGAGCGAGCGAUGAAGGUCCCUUCGUCUCUGGCGAACAGGCCGGCCUGAUAAGCGCAAUGCAAACGCUCAACAAUGGCAGAAUCGUCUUCAGUGGCUCGCUCGACGUCUUUGCCAACUGUGACGAGUCAGUUGCAAAUUCAGCUCUGGUCGGCGACUUGUCAAGGUGGACGUUCCACGAGAAAGCAGUUCUACGGGUCCUCACGCGGUCACAUCGUCGCCUCAUCGACGGCGAGGGAGCCCAGCCACCUUCCGAAUACCGCGUAGGAGAAGAGAUGGCUUAUUCGAUUGCGCUGCAAGAGUACAACGGCAAGGACUGGGUUGCAUUCGAAGCGACGGAUAUCCAGCUCGAAGUAUCCAUGCUCACGCCCCAUCUUCGAAUUACUCUGCCGAAGGAUACCGUGCAGUCGACGAGCGACGUGGGAGUCUACAGCGCUCAGUUCGCUUUGCCCGACCAGCACGGCGUCUUCACACUUCGAGUUGACUAUAGACGACCCGGUCUGACAUGGACGACGAUCAAAGACCAGAUCUCGAUCACGCCAUUGAGACACAACGAGUACCCUCGCUUCAUAACAGGCGCGAUACCUUACUACGCAGGAGCGAGCAGCGUCUCGCUUGCCCUCAUCGUCUUUGCCAGUCUGUGGCUAAGGCAAUGAUGUGCUAGGAAAACGAAUGCAUCGAUGCAGGUUCUAUGUGGUGUACCAUCU